AUGACCACAAAACAGUUGACAGUACUGUUUGUUCCUCUCGAUGGCUUCGGACACAUAAACUCCUGCGUUGGCGUUGCCGAACAGCUGUUAGCACGCGGUCACAGGGUCGUCUUUGCGCUGGAACGCGCCUGGAAGGGCAAAGCCUCGGCGUACCGGGGCAUUGAGGAGGUGCACUUUACCGACCCGACGCGAGACCCAGCUCACGGCGCCAAUGACCACUGGAUUCAGUACAUGGAGGAGUUCAAGCCCAGCUUCCAGCUGGCGCCCAUCGACAAGUAUCGCCUGAAGGCGCUGAAUCGCGACCUGGAGGAGUCCUUCCUCUACACGCUCAUGAACGUCGACGACCAACUGGUGGAGAUUAUCAACAGCCUUCUGCCUGAUGCGAUUGUGGUGGACACGUACGUGACCAUUCCUGCCGUCCACAAAUCCGCCAUUCCCUGGGUCUGGCUCACCAGUGCAGCUCCACUGGUCUGCCUGCCGUCGGAAAACUUGCCCCCUCAUGGGACAGGCUACCCGACUGACGGCGAUCGCAGCGAGUGGACGGAGUUUCGCCAGCUGGAAGAGGCCUGGCUGGCGCCCAGUGGCGCCCGCUUUGCCGCACGACUGCAGAAGGAGUUCGGCAUUGAGCCGCCAGCCGAAGGCGUCAUGUUGCCCUCUCCCUACUUAAACAUGUACGCCUAUCCAAUUGAACUGGACGAACGGUACCUGCAGAUUCGUCCACUGCCAGAAAAGUGGCGCCGAUUUGAGCACUUCAUUCGCACCACUGAACGCAGUGACUCCUUUUCCAUUCCGCAAUCCUUCCUCGACGGCUCGCCCGGUCAGCUCGUCUACGUGUCUAUGGGCAGCAUGGGCUGCGCAUGUUUGACGCUGAUGAGGCGGCUAAUUGAGAUACUCUCUCGCUCGCCCAAUCGGUUCAUCUUCUCGCUGGGCCCCUACGCCGCUCAGCUGCAGCCACUGCCGGCAAACAUGUGGGGCGACCGCUUUGUGCCUCAGACCGCCGUCUUGCCGCUGGUGUCACUGGUGAUCAGCCACGGCGGCAACAACACCACUCUGGAGGCACUGUACCACGGCUCUCCGCUGCUCAUCUGUCCGCUUUUCGGCGACCAGCACGACAAUCGCCAGCGAGUCACCGAGGCCGGUCUGGGUGAUGGCGUGGCUAAUCCCUACAAAUGCCCACCGGAGGAGCUGCUGGAGAAGGUCGACAGACUGCUGUCGGAUGGGCAAUUACGAGAACGCAUUCAGACGGUCUCCAGACGACUUCAGGCGUCAAAAAGUACUGAAAAGGCGGCCAUUGCCAUUGAAAAGGUUGCCCUUUUGCCUAAUUGA